UAAGCUAGAAAAACGCGUUCACUUUCAAGCGUAGAAAACUUCAAGCAGAUAAAACAAAUCAAUUGAUUAAUUGACAACAGCCCAUGCGUUUUUUUAAUGCGCGAAACUGUUCAAGUUAAAGUGUUCACUUUACAUCGUGAGCCCACAGCAAGCUCUUUUUCAUAUUUCGCUCCAGCUUCUCCGUCGCAAUGGGCUUUGCUUAUUGAAUAUUACGAAAACAACGAACUAGAUUCUGAGGAAAUUGUUGAAGUUGCCUGGAAUUUUGACCGUUAUCCAUAUCCGGAAUUUUGGAUCGCACCUUUUGGAAAUAAAAAAAGAAAAGAAUUCGAAUCAGCACCAGGAUUUAAACGAGUUGUUGUGCAUACAACAGAUUUCCUUAACUUACCAGCAGACUAUUUUGUUUCCAGAUUUUGCGACAGUAUUAUUCAGAAACAGAAGAACUUCAAGUCACUCAACUGUCACACAUUGCUUAAAGAAUUUCUCUCAAAAGCGAGCAUCGAGACAUCGUUGGUGGCAGAAACUGCAAAAAGUGCUGCUAAAUUUUCUGCGAAGGGCUCGGUGAACACUUAUUCAAAAUUGAUAGAGAAUAUCAGCGCUAAACUCUUGGACGCAACAAAUCUUCCUGAUUUCGGAAAUCACAUCUACGAGAUAUUGAAGACACCAAUUCAAACCAAUUCUAAAGUAAUCGACGGUAUUCUGACCUUGCUGCUGGAUAAUGAGGGCAGAAUACUCAUUGCUGAGGAGUUAGCGAUAUAUAUGGCUGGAAUUUCCGCUUACUGGCAAUUAUUUGAAUAUCCUAUCGAGAUCCUAGCGGAAGCUCUUUGGGGGCAAAUGUUAGCGGAUGAAAAAUUUGCACUAAAGGUCAAGAAUUUAUCAUCGCCAAAAUUCUCAGCGAGAAUCGGAUUUGUUGUAGGGGAACCUUGUGGAUCAAUAAUGUCUGUUAUUUGGUGGAUUGUGGGAGAGUUCGUUGCGUGGCUAAUUGACAAACUGCUCGUGCGAAUAAUUGAUAAAUUGCAGACCGCGGACAAGUCGCUGGAAGGUGUUACAGUGAGAGUGGCGGACCUGGGUAUUUCAGUCAUGAAUUAUAUCUCUGUAUGUGCUCGUUCAAACGAGGAAUGGGUGAUCCGGUUGAGAGAAAUGUCAGAAAAAUUUAUCAAAUGAAACGCAUCUUUGGCAUGAAUGUUCUGCUCUCAUAUCCAUGGCAAACUAACUGUAUAUCAAUAUCUGCUAUUUUUGAACCAUAAAAUCGACUCUUUCAUAUUUACGAGGCCAAACCUUGCAUUUAUUUACGAGCAUUUUGGCCUCGUAAUUACGAGGCCAAACCUUGUGCAUUUUGUGAAUUGUGAAAGGUAUCCGCAACAAAAGGCGAGCCUUUGUUGUUUUGUUCUUUAUUUUCCUUUGAUUGUUCCGAUAAAACUUUAACGUAUUUAAAGACUUGUCUCUGGAUUCCAGGAACAUUAAGACACCAAACGCACAAUUUGGCCUCAUUAGUCGUUGGCAUUACAAAACCUUGAACUGUAGACACUGAUCAAUUAUCAAGGAAAUAUCAACAAGAGUGCAAACUGCGUACAAGAGUGUUCAACUACUUUAUUUAGUUUAACUUUUUUUGUAUAAUGGGUACUGAAAAAACUCCCAUUUUGUAUAAU